GAUGCAAUCCGGAUGCUCAACACCCUGCAGACCAAUGCCAGCUACCUGGAGCAGGUGAAGCGGGAGCGCGGUGACCCCCAGGCCCAGCUGGAAGCCAUGCAGGGCUUUUUGGAGCGGAGUGGACUGAAGGUCGAGGACCUGGAUCGACUGAACAUCAUCCACGUCACGGGGACGAAGGGCAAGGGCUCAGCGUGUGCCUUCACCGAGUGCAUCCUCCGCAACUAUGGGCUGAAGACGGGCUUUUACAGCUCCCCUCACCUCGUGCAGGUGCGCGAGCGGAUCCGCAUCAAUGGGCAGCCCAUCAGCAAGGACCUCUUCAACAAGUACUUCUGGCUGGUCUACAACCGCCUGGAGGAGACCAAGGACCCAGCACACUCCAGCAUGCCAGCUUAUUUCCGCUUCCUCACCAUCAUGGCCUUUCACGUCUUCCUGCAGGAGAAGGUGGACCUGGCAGUGGUGGAAGUUGGCAUCGGCGGCACCUAUGACUGCACCAACAUCGUCAGGGCACCGAUAGUGUGUGGGGUCUCCUCCCUGGGCAUCGACCACACCAGCAUCCUGGGGGACACCAUGGAGAAGAUCGCCUGGCAGAAGGGGGGUAUUUUUAAGCCUGGUGUGCCGGCGUUCACCGUGGCGCAGCCAGAGCGGCCGCUCGAGGUGCUGAGGGAGCGAGCCCAGGAGCGGAAGUGUCCUCUCUACCUCUGCCCGGAGCUGGACAACUUCGAGGAGGGCUGCCGGGUGCUGGAGCUGGGGCUGGCAGGUGCCCACCAGCGCUCCAACGCUGCCCUGGCCUUACAGCUGGCGCGGAUGUGGCUGCAGCGCCGCAGCUGCCAGGGUCUUGGGGAGCUGAAGGAGGUGCUGCCAAGCAGCGAGCUGCUGGGGAGGCCAGUGCCACUGGCGCCUGCCUUCCGAUUGAGCGAUGCCAUGAUCCAAGGCCUGCGGGACACAGAGUGGCUGGGCCGGACUCAGGUGCUGUCCCAUGGCCCUGUGACGUGGUACCUGGACGGAGCUCACACCACCAGCAGCAUCCAGGCCUGUGUCCGCUGGUUCCGCCAGGCUGCCCUCUACCAGGACAAGCCCCAUGAUGGUUCUGAGGUGCGUGUGCUGCUCUUCAAUGCCACAGGCGACCGGGAUACGGCGGCGCUGCUCAAGCUGCUGGUGCCCUGUCACUUUGACUAUGCUGUUUUCUGCCCCAACUUCACGGAGGUGUCAUUGGCCAACAACGCAGACCAGCAAAACUUCAACGUGACGCUGGAGAAUGCCCUGACCCGCUGCCUGGAGAACCAGCGGACAUGGACGAGGCUCCUGGAGGAGAAAGUGGGGCAGGACCCCUGGCUCCCAUCUCCCUUGCGGGUCGGGGGGCUGCUGCAGCCAGCCCCUGCCCGAGGCUCCCUGCUCCUGGUGCCUGCAGCCCCACGACCCCUCAAUUCCCCAGCCCUGGUGUUCCCGUGCCUGGCCCAAGCACUGCGGUGGGUAGCGCAGGGCCGGGACCCUCACCUGGCAGCCCCUGUGGCCUCGGGGGCUCACCUCCACCCCGCAGCCAGCAGCGGGGCUGUGCUGCUGCGGGAGGCAGCUGCUGUCCGUGUCCUGGUCACUGGCAGCCUGCACUUGGUGGGAGGGGCUCUCCGGCUGCUCGUCCCUGCCCUGUCGCAGUAA